AUGUCUCAUCGAACCAUGGACUGGCUGAUGCUCCUGGGCUGCGUCUCGCUGUGGCCGGGGAUGGUGCUGGCUGAAGUGGGGUCAUUCACUGGCUGCAACAUGUAUUUCUACCGAGAUGCUGAGCCACGUGGCUUUGACACGGCCGACACGGCCGAGAUCUGCCAGAGGUACAGCAAUCUGUACCACUUUGCAACCCUCUAUGACAGGCCCCAGCGGAUCCCGCGCUGGUCGGCGUACACCCUGGGUGAGCCUAACUGCCCAGGGCAGGCCCAGAAGAGGAGCCAGUGGUUCGUGGAGCCCCAGCUGGCUCAUCCAGAUGAGUCCCCAGAAAUGACGACGGAGGCUGAGUCAACACUGAGCCUGGACGAGUGGAGAUCCAGCCAGGCCAUCAAUGAGGACUAUGAAGACACGUCAUACGACCGGGGCCACCUGAACCCAAACGCCUUCCAGUAUAAUGAUGACCACACGGCCACCUUUACCCUCACCAACGCCGUCCCCAUGAACCCCUAUUUCAACCGGGUCCACUGGUCCAAGCUGGAGAAAACCCUCAAGGCACAGCUAACUGGGAGCUGCAGAAAUGCGGGAGGCAAACCCUACCUGGUGACAGGGGCUGUUCCCAGCGACAGUGAGAAAAUCCCCAUAGAGGCGGAGGACAAAGAAGGGGACCGUAACCGGCCAUACAACCGGGUCUCGGUACCCAGCCACGUCUGGACAGCUGUUUGCUGCGACCAUGGGGACAACAACCGCAAAUUCUCCUUCGCCUUCAUAGGAGAGAACAAGGAGGCAUCCGGUCUUCAAAUCAUCCCCGUGGAGCAGCUAAACACAGAGCUAUCACGUCUGUACAAGACUCCUGGGCCAGUCGAGGUCUUUGCAGAUGACUGUGGCUCCGAGAGCCAGAAAGGACAAGAGGUUUUAUCAGCAAUGAAGAAAGCCUUGUACAAUAUCUUCCAGAUCUUGCUAACGGACCCUUACUCCCAGCUAGUGAAGAGGCGUAAACUGGACAGGGAGACCAGCCAGGUGAUGACAAGCCAGACCCUGGAUCAGAAGAAGAUGCAGCUGACGGGCAUUGGGUUCCUGGUGGGUAUUUCCAGGCUGGCAGAUGGGCACAGCCAGUUUGAGAAGACGUACGAACAGGACAACCUGGCCCCUGCUGUAGCUAGACUAGCAAGAGCUGCUGACGAUUCGGAGCUGUACAUUAGAGUAACAGCCCCAGGGUGGCCCUGUGUUGAGGAGUUCUGUGGGUAUCAGGGAUACGCCUACAGCUGGUGUUACACGUCUGACAGCAAUGACUGGGAUUACUGCUGUACAGGGAAGUGCACAGUGAACCCAGCAUCUAAACUAUACCAGUGCCCACGAGGAGAUGGCUCCACCAUACAAUGCUCACCCCAGUACUCCACGAUGACCGUCUCUGGGAAGGUCUGUCGGGCUGACCAUCCAUGUGGCCUUUAUGAGGAAAAAUACUUCUGGUGCUAUAUAGAUUAUAAAGACAACUGGGACUAUUGCUGCUCCCCGCAGCACAACUGUGGUACCCACGGCUAUGGCUACCAGUGGUGUUACAUCGAGGACCCAGAGAAGUCCUGGGAGUUCUGCACCAUGCGAAUUACCCCCUGGUGAGGGAAGGGGCAAGUGGAUGCUUGACUGGCUCCUUCACACCAAAGCCGAGAAGAAAUGAAUCAGCUGCCUUCAACUAUUAGUGCUAUAGGCCCCACCCCUCGGCUGCAGCGACUCCGCCCAUUUCCUCCAUCUGUCUCUUUAGAUUUUAAAAUGCCAUAAAAAAAAUCUCCCUCCCACCCAGAAUUUUAGACAGCAAUUUCCACAGGAGAGUCUCUUCCACCACCUGCCCUGGGUUCAAAGGUCUCCAUGUAACAGGACUGGGCUCCAUCUUUAAAACCAGCUACAGACUUUGGAUACUUGACUUCAGACACUAUAAAGAAGG